CGGGGUUAGCGCGGGGUCGGUGGGUUAGGCGCGAGGCGGUUUCCCGGCUCGGCGGCUCGGCCGGGCGGUCGCAGGAUGUACACGCUGCUGUCGGGCCUAUACAAGUACAUGUUCCAGAAGGACGAGUACUGCGUCCUGAUCCUGGGUCUGGACAACGCCGGGAAGACGACCUUCUUGGAGCAGUCAAAGACCCGAUUCAACAAGAACUACAAGGGGAUGAGUCUGUCCAAAAUCACUACCACCGUCGGCCUAAACAUCGGCACUGUGGACGUGGGAAAGGCCCGCCUGAUGUUCUGGGACUUGGGGGGGCAGGAGGAGCUGCAGUCUCUGUGGGACAAGUACUAUGCAGAGUGUCAUGGUGUCAUCUAUGUCAUCGACUCCACGGACGAGGAGCGGCUGUCUGAGUCCAAACAGGCGUUUGAGAAGAUGGUCAUAAGCGAGGCGCUGGACGGUGUCCCUAUCCUGGUGCUGGCCAAUAAGCAGGAUGUUGAGACUUGCCUCUCCAUCCCUGACAUCAAGACUGCGUUCAGCGACUGUGCCUCCAAGAUCGGCAGGCGGGAUUGCCUGACCCAGGCCUGCUCGGCCCUCACUGGCAAGGGGGUGCGCGAGGGCAUUGAGUGGAUGGUGAAAUGCGUCGUGCGGAAUGUGCACCGGCCGCCGCGGCAACGGGACAUCACGUAGGCACACCUGCCUGUGCGCCCACCGCUUGUCCUGAAGAGCUCCUGCCCGCUCCACACCACCAAUCCUGGGGGCUGGGUCGGCUUUGCCUUUUGGUUCUCCCAUUUGCUUUGUUUCUUCUCUAAGACAAAUUUUUCUGUGUCCGGAAAAGUGUAGGCAUCCGGAAGCUUCUGCGAGGGGUGCUGGGGCCUUAGGGACGCCAGCCGGCCACCAGCAGAACUUAUGACCAUAGCAGGCCUAGACCUGCCCAAGGCCCAGGUUGAGGCCCCCACGGGCUACCUCUCCUUUUGGAGCUGCUGCCCCAGCAGGCCUGCCGGUUUGGCCCUGCAUGGGACCUUGGUGGGGAGCUGCUUGGAAAUAGGUUUUUUCAGAGCUGUGGGGCCUUCCAUAGUCCUCAAGGCUGCUCUGUGCCUCAUGCCUAUGGAGGCAGCUAUGACUGUCCUUGGCCUCUGCCCUCUGAUCUUGGAGUCAGGUGGAGGGGUGGGGGUUGCUGUCAUCUGAGGGAGACCUGGGCUUGUUGCAGUCUCUGUCCUGAUGCAGCUUCAGGAGGAGGCAGGGAGACCUGCCUGGGAGGCUGUGAGCCCUACCCACUGGCCCAGCCACCUUGUUUUGAUCUCCAGUGAAAAUGGGAAAGCUAGGUGGUUGUGCUGGUAGUGGGCAUCUGCUCCCCCCCCCCCCAGCCUGCCUGCCACGCACCCAGAAUAACCUAGAUACAAACUUGGGGUGUGAGGAAGGCCAGCAGGGUCCCAAGGAGCCCAGGCUAGUAGUCUGCUGGGCCUGUGCUCCCAGCUGGGUGGUGAGGGCUGGGGUUGCUCUCAGGUCUGGGCCUUUUCCAGUCCUGUGUCUGGGAGCAGAGGCCCUCCAGGCAAGGCUGGUCCUCAGGACCCUCCCACAUGGCCCUUUUUGGAAGUUGGUGACACCCUGUGAGCCUAGCCGUGGGCAAAAUAAAGAGUUGGAGUGGCUCCCAUCCAUCA